CUGUCACCUAUACACCCAUAAUAGUGUGUGCCUGUCACCUAUACAUCCAUAAUAGUGUGUGCCUGUCACCUAUACCUCCAUAAUAGUGUCUGCCUGUCACCUAUACAUCCAUAAUAGUGUGUGACUGUCACCUAUAAACCUGUCUGCCCAUUGUGUAGUCGAUCACGCUCCCAUUGAAUUGAAUGCCGCAGUAAGCAGAUUUGUCCGCUUCACAAUGAAUGAAUCUGUGGAGUUCCAGCGCUGAAUUCUGGGUUACACUAAAACCACUGAAGGCUGGUGGUGCCAGGAGUUGGACCUUCACUGAUCUGAUAUUGAUGGCCCAUCCUGAUGAUAGACCAUCAAUAUUGAAGUCCUGGAAUUUUCCUCCUCAUCAUGGACUCUUGGGAAUGUAAAGGGGGACUGUUGCUCAUUAAAGAGACACAGCAGACUAUGGAAAUGUAAUUUUCGGGCAAUUAUCCCUGGGAUACAAAUACGCAAAUUGCUUAUGCCAGCCAAUCGGUAGACAGCUGCUUCAGGGUUUUUUGACUCGUAUCAGUACAGGGCAGGGUACUGAUUGUCUAGAUAAGUUGGUAUUGUGGGGAUUAUUAUGGGGCGGGGCUUAGAACAGAUGGGUGUCUCUGAUUUUGCUAAUUUGCAUACAUUUCCUGCUCCUUAAUCCAUUAGGUGCAUCUCACUCCAUUGCAUUCCCAUGCUAUCUUACAUCAUUUACCUAUCCAAUAUCUGAAGUCGAGACCAAAAGUUUUGACACGGACACAUGUUUUGGUCUUCAAAAAGUAUGCUACUUCAGUGUUUUUGAUUCUUUUUGUCAGAUGAUUCUAUGGUAACUGAAGUACAAGUUUUAAAACUUUUUUUGAUAAAUAUAUCAAGUUUAUGAAAAGACUCAAUGUUUCCUGCUAUGUUGAAUAUCUGCUUCUGGGCCAAAUCCUGACCGAUGGCAGCCCAUCCUUGCCUAAUCUAAUCAGUGUUUGCAGUUUAUAAAAUUUUUUGCAUUUUUGUUUGUCCACCCACUUUUUGAGGAUUCACCACAGGUUCUUAAAGGGAAUGAAAUCUGGAUUUUCCUGAUGGAAACUGCCAAUGUUUUGUACAACAAGCUACUUAUGACUUGUGACAUGGUAUCCAUCAUGCCGGAAAAAACAUUGUUCAUCACAAAAUUGUGUUUGCGAUGGUUGUGAAAAGUUCCUUCUAGAUGGUUGGGAGAAGUUGUUCCUGGAUGGUUGGGAAAAUUUGCUCCUGGAUGAUUGUGAGAAGUGACGUUUGGAUGGUUUGCAGACGUAUCUCCUGGAUGGUUGAAAGAAGUUGUUCCUGGGUGGUUGUGAGAAAUUGCUUUUGGAUGGUUGGAAAACGUUGCUCCUGAAUGGUUGUCAGAAGUUGCUCCUGGAUGGUUGGAAGAAGUUGUUCCUGGAUAUUUAGGAGUGGUUGGGAGAAGUUGUUCUUGGAGGAUUUUUUUUUUUUUUACACCAUUCUUGAUUCGUGGCAGUGUUCUUAGGGAAAACUGUUGGUGAACACACUUCCUUGGCUGAGAAGCAACCCGACACAUGAAUAACUUUACCCAAUUGAGUGUAUCUGCAGGCACAGUGUAGUGAAGGCUUUUGGAGGAUGACCUGGUGUCAAGAAGGGCAUUGGACUGCAGAGGACUGGGGUGAAAUCAUUCUCUCUGAUGAGUACCUUGAAACAUCUAUUAUCUAUCUGCAGUGUACCACUUGUGUGUAUAAGUGGUUCCCUUAAAUUUCUGUAUAUGUAUUUAAUGUAUUGUAAUUCCUAAGUUCAGGCUGGCAUUGUCAUUACAUCUAUUCGCCCCUAGGUUGUGCUGGUGCCACAUAUUAUAUAUAGCUUGGGGUUUGCUGACUCAGUGUAGUGUGUGGUGGAAGUGAAGCAGAAGUGAGUAAUAUAGGAAGCAGAGAGGAGAAGGAAGUGUAUGGAGGAGCAGAGCAGGCUCAGUCCAAGAUGUAGCUGCCUUUCUUUCCUCUGGGCCCUGAUCAAGCCUGGAGAGGGCAGACCAAGUAGUCACAGCAGCCCAGCACAAACAAGUGAGUCUAUGUACGAAUAUAGAGAAAGUCUAGUGAAGAUUAGAGCUGAGUCUAGCCAAGGGACUUCACAAGCACCAGUGAUCAGGAGGAACUUUAAGGUACCUGGACACAACUGGAUGAUUAGUGUGCAGAAUUAUCCCUUUUCACUAAAUUUCUUCUGGGACACAGUGAACCUGAAUAUUUCAGGAGAGCAUCCUACAUAAAUAAUGUAGCAGAGAGUUUGCCUGCCACGAGGGAGAACGCCCUUAUUGGAUUGCUCAAUAUAAAGUAAAUAAACCAUUAUAUUCAGUACCUGAGUGCUAGAGAUUGGACUUAAAGUAGAACUCUUUAAGAUAACUUUUGUCUUGCCUGUAAAGCAUUAGGAAAACUCCUCAGCUGACAAUUGCCAGACCUGUUGUAAGGAUUCGAGCUAAACUAAUUUCUGAAUUCUCCUUUACUCCAUACAAGUGCACUGUACUGAUGAACUGUACCAGCGGUCCAGAGACAUUUGAUUUAAGUAAAUGUUCAACUGUUUUCACUACAACUGACUCCUUAUCUUUUCCACCACCAAUAUUUGCACCUAACGGUGCUGGCGUCAUGGACACGGGCCCCAGCCUCAAAAGCACCCUCAACACCUAUACCAUCAAGGGCAUCUCAACUACCAUCUGGCUGGUGAUCCCUGUACUAGAGAGUGCCCCGGAGGAUUUAGUGCUGUAUUCCCCAUCACUGCACGCCGACCCAGGGAAGCUCUGCUAACCGUUAGACAUUAUCAGAAGACAACCUUGAAGGCCCAUCAUCUCUAUAUCUACAUAUCUAUCCCUUUCAUAUAUCCAUCCACCUAUUACCAUUUACAAUAUCUAAGGUCUGCAAACAACUUUGUAAAAAAAAAAAAAAAAAGCAGGAAGAGGAGGGACGGCUGUUCCUGUGUGGAUUGUGGGUUGUGCUCCUGUGCGGUCUACAUGACUUUUCCCCUCAUGCCUGCACACACCGGGGUGAUAUUCCUUGUACUCCUGCGCUGCAUAUCCCUGGCUGUAGGACAAGAUUUACGUCUUGUGUAUGGGAUUUCAAAUUCAUCUAUCAACUUGACAUCUUCAUUUGACCCAAAUAAUGUGAAAGAUCUUACUUGGAAACAUGAUAUCAAUGGAACAAGAUAUAGAAUUGCAAAAAAUUACAUCUUAGCUGAAAAUUAUUGCAACAGAUAUAAUCUGUUCUACAACGGAACAGUCUUGGGCAUCAAUACGUUGAAUCACAACGAUAGUGGACUCUUCAUUGUUGAUGUCACUUUGCACGAUGAUGCAUCGAAAGAAGAAAACAUUUACAUGACCGUGCUUGACCUCAUCCCUCCUAUACAGAUACAAACUAAAGAGCAGAAGAGAAUUGGGGAUCGAUGUAAUGUUACUCUUCUUUGCUAUGUUCUAUCAAAUACAACAGAUGUCUCCUAUAUCUGGAAAUACAAACAAGCGAACUCUGAGUAUUUGCAGUAUAGUAAUGGAAGCACUAUCCAGAUAUCUCUAUCACUGGACCACCAGGACACAGAAUUUAUAUGUAUUGUAUAUAACCCAGCAGACCAGAAAAAUGCUUCUGUCCAUGUAAAACAUUGCUUAGAAGAGAACACGAGAGAUCGUCAAAUAUUUGUGGCAUUUUUGAUAUGCAUGUUCGUAGUGGUGCCUCUGCUUGUGGCGGCGGUGGUAUGUUGGAAAUGUCGGAAGAGAUCACUUUUCACAACUGGAAAAGGCAAAGUGAAAGACCCGGAUAAAAAUGAUGAGCUGAAAUAUCUGAAUGAAAAUGAACACAAUUUAAAUGUUAUGCAAAACUCAAACAACCAAGAUCAACAGAUGCUAAUAGAAAUGGAGGAACAUAAAAACGAUGAAGACGAGAAUGAGGAACUUUUCAUAACUCCUCCCGCGGACACAAAUGACCAAGAUCAACAGAUGCUAAUAGAAACGGAGGAACAUAAGAAUGAUGAAGACGAGAAUAAGGAACUUUUCAUAACUCCCCCCGCGGACACAAGUGACCUGGAUGGUGAGAUAGGAGUACACAGAGUGGAAGUACAUGAGAAUGAAGGACAUGAGGAUGAAGGAAAUGACCAUGAAGGACAUGAAACUGAAGAACAUGAGAAUGGAGGCAAUGAGAAUGAAGAACAUUUGCCAAUCUUGGUUGAAGAAUCACGUGAUCAGACUGAGGUGGAGGAACAUGAAAACAAUGAACCUGAAAAUGAAGAACAUUUGACAAUUCCUGUUCAAGAAUCAGGUGAGGAGGUUGGUAAUAAUGUGAACGAAACUGAGAAUGAAGAAAAUUUGACCAUUCCUGUUCAGGACACAGAGGAUUUUAAGAAGUUGCAACCAUCUCAAAAUAUGGAGAAGAUUGAAUAUCUGCAUGAAGAUGAAAACACAGGAGGUCUAUUUCAAGACACAAGUGACCUGGAUGAACAAGACAAGGUGGAGGAACAUAAGAAGAAUGAUGACUAUGAGAAUGAAGAUGAUUUAACUCUUGUUGAAGAAACAGGUGACCAAAAAGCGGAACUGUGAAAAGACCAGAAGAACUGGGGUGAAGGAACAUCUGAAGGAGAAGAAUGGACUGUUAAUAAAUCUUCAUACUUUCACAUGAAAAGCAUUGCAAAUAUUAAAAGCCUUACUCCAACAGAGGAUCUCUCCACACGUCUUUGUGAGAUUGAGAAACAGUGCUCCCUGUUUGAACACUUUUUGUGUGUGGAUUAAAUAAAUGUUCUGGACUGACGUUCUGCUGUUUGGCCACAAGAUGCUGCUGUUUCCCAGGUACAGCUGACUGACUGCAUAUAUAUUUCCAUAUUAAUGAGAGGUGUGGUUCUUCUGAGCAUGAAGUAGCUGCCGCAGCCAUCCUAGGAGCGAGCUGAGGAACUGUGUGUGAGCAGAGAAACUAAUGGAUCCAGGAGUGAGAGGACCUUCUCCGUGACCCCAGCUGCAUCUGAGUGAAGCUGAUCGUUGUCCAAGACCCAGCUCCAGUCCGGGGAAAGGAGGAUUGUUUCCAGGAAGGCUGACAACAGCUAAGGAACAAGCUGCAUACCCUGUGAGACCUCAUGUUUGCUGCAGAGACUGGUUGUUCGGUUCAGAGACAUCAGUGGAUAAAGAGCAGACCCCGGUCGCCUAGAGACUUAGACCAGGCCUGUAGUUAGCUAGUUAGGGUCUUUGCUUUGUGUCAGGUCUAAAGAGUUGCUACUGGUCCUACAAAAAAAGGACAUUACACAUUUGAGAGCUGAUAAACACCCCCACAAACACUAUCCAGUUCAGAGUUUUGCUCAGGAGUAAUUAUCAAGCACAUGCUACCAGACUAGUUAUGGGAGAGAGAAUAAUAUAGAGUACAGUAAGAUUGUAAACUGUUGUGUUGCACCGCAGGCUAUGGCGAGGCAGUUUUACUUGUGCCCGCCAGUAGGUAAAUUAUCACAAAAUUUCCACUGGCAUCCAUCAGAGGGCACCAUGCUGUGCAACACGUGUUAGUAAAAUUCUGUUUUAGCAAAA